AUGGCUUCCACGGUAACCUCGAGCGCCAGCUCGAGCUCCGACGAGAUUGUACCCUCGUCUGUGAUCCCCCACCCGCGCCGUCGAGCAUAUUUAGCCACCAUGCCUGUAACCGUCGCCAAGCCCCGAAAGACGAAGCAACAGCCUCCCCAAGAGAUUAUCGACGAGUUCUGGACAAAGUUCACGACCAAGACUCCGGGUAAAGCUACCACUAUCAUUCCCCAGAAUGCGUACGCUGAGAGAGUCGCAAAGCGGUCUUCCAAGGCCACUAGGAUAUUCACCCAGACGUCGUACGACGAGGCUGCGACUGUUUGCAAAGCCAAGGUCGACAAGAUCGUUCACGAGUGUCGCCGAGUAAACCAACGUUACAGAGACCCUCACUAUGACAUAGAGUUUGACCUCAAGUUCGGGCGCAGAGACUGCCUCGAAACCCUGUGGAAUACCAAGGACGCGAAACCCCCACAGUCCGCUUUCCAACCCAAGGCCGUCAAGCGCGUUGUCGAUAUCUUCGACAACCCGCAGUUCUACAUUGACGGGCCUACAGCGGACGAUGUGCGCCAAGGUCGAGACGGAGACUGUUGGCUCAUGGCUGCAUUGUGCAAUUUGAGUAACAAGCCUGGUCUAAUUGAAAAGGUCUGCGUUGCGCAUAACCUUGAAGUUGGCGUGUACGGUUUUGUCUUCCAUCGCGACGGAGAGUGGUUCAGCGAGAUCAUCGAUGACAAGCUGUACCUUACUAAACCCGACUAUGACGAGCCCUACUUGGAGCGAAUUCUCUGGGAAGAUCGGGAGCGCAUCAAUUCAGAAGAAGCCUACAGGCGUAUUUAUCAGUCAAACAGCGGCGCGCUUUACUUUGCUCAGUGCGAGAAUCCUAACGAGACAUGGCUGCCGCUCCUUGAGAAAGCAUACGCGAAAGCGCAUGGAGACUAUGCCUCCAUUGAGGGUGGGUUCACGGGCGAGGCCAUUGAGGACCUUACGGGUGGCGUAACCUCCGAGGUCUACACUACAGACAUUCUUGACAAGGAGUACUUCUGGAAAGAGAAACUCCUAAAGGUCAAUGAAGACUGGCUCCUGGGCUGUUCCACUGGGUUUGCAUCAAGGGGCCUGGGGGAACGUAAGGGCAUCAUCGAGAUGCAUGCUUACAGCGUCAUGAAGGCAGUUGAAAUGGAUGGUCAAAGACUGGUUCUUCUCAAGAACCCCUGGGGAAAGGGUGAAUGGAAAGGAGCUUGGAGCGAUGGUUCCAAAGAAUGGACCCCUGAGUGGUUGCAGAAACUCAAACAUACGUUCGGCGACGACGGCGCCUUCUGGAUUUCGUACCACGAUCUCCUCAAAAAAUACAACAUAUUUGAUGUUACCCGAUUAUUCGGUCCCGAGUGGAAGGUUACAUCCAUUUGGACAACGCUCUCGGUGCCCUGGACCCUGGACUACCACGAGACGUAUUUCGCCUUUACAAUCUCCAAGUCGGGUCCCGUCGUGAUUGUGCUAGCACAACUUGACGAUCGAUACUUUCGUGGGUUGGAAGGUCAAUACCGGUUUGAUUUGCAAUUCCGUCUGCACAAAGCCGGCCAAGAGGACUAUGUCGUUCGGAGUCAAGCAUCUUACCGCAUGAACCGAUCCGUGAACGUUGAACUCGACCUUCAAGCUGGUAGCUACGAGGUUCUUGUCAAGCUAGAUGCGGUGCGAAACGACGGUGUUCUUCCCAUCGACCAAGUGAUUCGUAACAAUGCCAAAAACCGUCGAGAAAAGCUGAUCCGGAUAGGGUUGGCCUAUGACCUUGCUCAUAGCAAGGGAAAACUUGUCGAGUCACCCGCGGAGAAAUCAGCCAAACAGGCGCACGAGAAGAGACAGCGGGAAAAGCGACGUGCCGACAUCAAGCGCAAGAUCCUCGAAGAGCGAGAGCAGGAGCAUUACCUCAGGAUCAAAGCCAAUAAGAAAGCUCAGAAGCAACAGGCGAAACGCAUUGCACAACACCAGGCAGCAAAAGAGAAGCUACGUGCACAAAAGAAGAUAGCUCACCCCCCUCCGUCGAAGCCGAUCCCAAAUCCACCAAGCCCUGUGGCCAAAGUCAUAAUCCAGGAAGACGAACCUGAAGCUCUUGAGAUUGCAACCAAAAACCUGUCUUUAUCGAACGAUUCUCGAGGAAUGAGCAUCCAAGCCAAUUCAAGUACCGCGGCCACUGAGGACGUACCGGUUUCUCCCCGUCACAAAGACAGAGCGAUACCGCAAAUCUUCAACUCGGCUGGAAUGCUGGAACAAAACAGCAAAAGAGGUUCGGCAUUUCUGACGCCCCCCAAGCCUACGAACAAGCAUUCCAGAGGAGAUAGGCGCGUGAUAGUCAGCGUCAGGAGUGAGGUGCAAGAGACUAACCUUCAGGAUGACGAAGAGGCGAUGAGUGAAGCAGCACCCCCGUCGGAGUAUUCCGCACAUUACCCCUGCGAGUCAGACGAUGAUGGCAUUGCAAGUGUAUCAUCCAUGUCAGAGCUUUCUGAGCGGGAACUGGAGCUCGAGAUUGACGCUGCUGAAAAGCGGGAGCCCAUUACGGAUCGUCUGCCGCCGCAGCCAGCGCCUGGUGCGCCUGCCGAGGAGCAAGACGAAUUUGAAAGAGAUCCGUGGAAUGCUGUGGCAGUAGUAGGACUUCGAGUAUACUCUAAGGUGUCGGAUGAAGAUCAAGAAGAGGUAAUUGGCAACCUUCGAGUUGUGCGGCCAAGCUUAUAUCCCCAGGAGGAGGCACUUCCACAAACCUCAGAGUCGGGUGACAAGAAGUCCAAAGGUCUAGAUGUGGAUGACAGUGCCAAAGAUGCCACACUCGAGGGAGAAAUCAAACAGAGAAAGAAGAGCAUACGGCCUACCAGUGAGGACCUUAGCGAUGCUUCAAAGCUGUCUCGCUCUGAUGCUGGUAGAAAAAGGAGGGCCAUUCCUAGCGCUGAUUCUCUGGGGUACACGUUCGACUUGCAAGCUUGA